AUGGGUUUCACUUGUAGUCGUGCUGACUCCUCGUUAUUUGUUCUCUCCAAAGGUGCUGAUUUAAUUUAUUUAUUACUCUAUGUUGAUGACAUUGUGGUCACUAGCAACAACUCGUCUCUUCUUAUUGGUUUCAUUAGAAAAUUGACUCGUGAAUUUGCUACUAAGGAUCUCGGGUCCUUGAACUAUUUUCUGGGUUUGGAAGCCUAUCGGACCUCUGCUGGUCUCUUUCUUAGUCAAGCCAAGUAUGCUCAUGAAUUACUACACCGUGCCCAACUCCUCGAUCCUAAACCAGUCAGCACUCCAAUGGUGGUCGCUCAACAUUUAUCGGUUGCUGGUCCUGACUUUGAUGAUCCUUCUCUCUACCGAUCGCUUGUUGGAGCUCUUCAAUAUCUCACUAUCACUCGCCCCGACAUCGCUCAUGCCGUUACUGCUAUCAGUCAAUAUAUGCAUAAGCCAUCUGUCUCUCAUUUUCAAGCCCUUAAGCGAAUUCUUCAUUAUGUUAAAGGAACUCUUCGGUUUGGACUAGUUUUCACUCCAUCUACUUCUUGA